AUGUUUCGCCCAGUUGAGGCAUUGAGCAAAGAGAGGACUAACCGAACAACAGCUGAUAUCGAGGUCAAAAACAGAUUUCAUGAAAGUGCAUAUGUAGUUCGUGGUUUGAACCCGACCUACACAUCCCAACUUACCCUGUUUAGGCUUGGGCAACCUGGCAGUAUCCCAGCUGUCACGCUUCCUUCGGGUGGCGUGACACCUGGGUACCGAAAGGGCGUUACAGCUGAACGAUUUUUUUUUGCCGACUGUGUAAAUGAACCAUGCCUACCAGUGACGAUUGGUAUGCCGUUGCCCUGGUCCCCUUCCCAAAAAGCAUCUGAUAAGCAGCCAGAACGCGCUCCCAACAAAGGACGUCAAAAGCUUGAUCAACAGCUGUCGAAGAGGAAUUGGUGGAAAUUGAGAGCAAAGAUGGAAGUCGUUUGGUGUAAUCGGAGAUAG